AUGACGAAGGCGAGGAAUGGGUGGGACGCCGCCGUGGCGCGGUUACUCGAGCCGAAGGACGCCGAGCAAGCGGAGCGGGACGUCAAGGCGAUCACAUCGAGCGCGGUGAGACAGACUGGGGCGUUGUUGGAAGAUUUGGCGUCGUACGAGUCGUUGGACGACGAGGCGGGGUGGGAAGAUUACGAGCGCGUGCGAGGGAGCGCGAUGCGACGGGGCGUGGCGCUGAGCGCCGUGGCGGGCAUCGGCGUCGCCGCGGUGACGUCCACGGUGAGUCUCGACGCGGUGCUCACGAGCGUGGAGCGCGUGCCGCCGUUAGCGGCGUUUGAGCAACUGUUGGGGUUGUGCGUCACGUUGUACUACGGCGCCAAGUACCGACGACUGUUGACGACGCAGGAGGGACGCGCGACGCUUCGAUUGGAUCUUGUGGAGGCGGUUUCACAGUACGAGGGCGCGGCGGCGCUCGUCGGGCGCAUAGCGGCGACGAACACAGCUCUUGACAACGCGGUGUCUGAGAGUAUCAACCAGAUACGCGCCAUGAGCACUGAGGAAGUCCCGAAUAGCGUGAAACAGGCGAUGGAGACGUACAUCAAAACGAGAGACGAGGAAAUCAUCGAGGUUCGUCGAGUCGCCGAGGAGCGAGAGGCUGAGAAGGCGAGGAACAAAGAAGAGCGCGAGAGAGCGAUCAAGGAGACUCAAGAGAAACGUGAGGCCGUCGCGCGAGCGAGGGCGCUCGAUGCCGAACGGCAGCGAUUCGAGCGCGAGGCAAAGCGAUCAGCGUUCGAAGCCGAUCGCCGAGCCGCGAUGGAGCUUCGCGAGGCAAAGAUCAAAGCGGAAAAGGAAGAGAAGGAAAAAUUGCGAAGAAUGCCCCAGCAGGAGCGCAAGACGAACGUACUCGCCGCCGAGCCCGAGCGCGAAGCUACGGGAUUGAUGAGAGAGUACGAGAGCGAGAGUACGCGGGACGAGGCGCAGGCACAAGCGGACGUCGAGUCGGCCAAGAAGGUGUUGUCCGCGGAAAAGGAAAAAAUCGCCGCCGAAAAGGAAGCACUCGCUGUAGAAAUGAACAAUCUUGUCGCCGAAAAGGAAGCAUUCGCCGCGGAGAAGGAAAAACUGGCUGCCGAAACUUUGAAGAAACAACUUCCUCGCACGUUCUCCGAACUGUUCGGCACGGCGCCUCCGAAGCCAUGGACGCCCCCUGAUUUGAAGUCAGAGAUCGAUACCGCCGGGAUCGAAAGGGAGAUCCGCGAGAAAAUCGAAUCCGAACUCGCAGCGACGCGCCGAGAGGCGGACAAGGCGACGGAUCUGUUGAUGCAAGAGAUGAAGCGAAGCGACACCUUGCAGCGCCAGCUCAGCCGAACCGCAGAUACAUUGAACGAAGAGAAUCGCGUGGCAGCGCUCGUCGAAGAGCUCGAGCGCGCAAAGGAGGAUCUCGGUAAGGCAAUCUCCGUGGAAUUUUCACUGACGCAAAAGCUCGACACGGAGCGAAAGAAGGCGGCCGAUCUCGAGGAAGAGCUUCGCGUCAUCGUCGGGAAGUCUCUGAGCUCGGCGCAACAGAGUGACGAGAAGGCUCGAGAUCUCACCGAUAAGGCUAUCGUGCUCGAGAAUGAACUCAAGAAGGUGAACGCGACGAACGUCGAAUUAAGUGCGCAGUGUGAGGCGGCGCUCACAGACCUUCAAAAGGCGCAGUUACAGUUCAACAUCCAGCUUGAAGAGGUUGAGCGCUCAACGAAGGCGCGCGUGUUCGAACUCGAGGAACAAACGGGCGACUACGAGCGUGAGAUUGCCGAGUUGAAGCGCCAACUCGAGAAUGAAGGCGUCGCCAAGAGCGAGGCGUUGGAAAAGGUUCAAACUCUCCAGUUGCAAGUCGCCGAGCUCGAGGCCUCGGUUACCGAACUACGCAAGGCGAACGAGGCAAUGGAAGAGAGAGCUUCACUCGUCGAUGAGCUCGCCGAUCGCGUCAAGGCUCUGACGAAUGAAAAUGAGGACUUGAAGAUACGCGUAGUCGACCUUGAAUCGAUUUUGCGCGUCGCCGAGGAGGAAGCGGACACAAUGAAGAUCGACUUCGAACACGAACUGAAGAUAGCCCAGCGCGAGGCGGAUGAGAAACGUCGCCAGAUUGAAUCUCAGUACAACAACGAGGUACGAAAGGUGAAAUCUCUCGAGGAGCAAGCUUUUACAACGAUGCAAAAAAUGCAAAGUUUGGAGAAGGAGCUCGGCACGCAGACCGAGGCGCUCGAGCAUCAGAUAUCCGACGCCAAGCACGCAGCGUUGGAGGCGCAAAACGACGCCAAGCGCGCACGUGAGGAGCUCACGAAUGCGCUUCGCAAGAAGGAGACCGACUACGCCGCGCAGAUCGCGAUAAAUACUCAACAACUUGCCGCGCUCAGCGAGGAGAAGCGAGCGCUCGAGCAACGCGUCAGUGCCAUGGUCGAACCGCAAGAGCUCAUCGAUUCUCGCGAGGAGUGCGAGCGCCUCACCGUGGCUCUGAACGAGAAGAUGGAUGAACUCACAGCAGCGCAACAGGCCCUCGCCGAGAGCGAGCGUUCCUACGCGAGUGAGAUCGCCAGCCUCAAAGAUUCAGCUGCCGUCGAUGUCGAAGCCAUCCGUGCCGCUUUGGCAAGAGAAGCCGAUAUCAAGCAAAAGGAGAUCGACCGCCUGAACGAGCAAUACGCCAGGGAAAGGUCCAAGCUCGAUGAAAUGAAGACUGAUGCUGAAAAGAAGGCGACAGUCUUUGAGGAAGAGAAGAGGCGUGCGACGGAAGAAAUUCAACAGAAGCAAAGACUCCUGGAUGAGGCCAAAGCCGAAGCCGAGGCCCGCAUCACUGAAAUCACUGAACGACUCAAUGACACGAUUCGUGAAAAAGAAGCCGUCAAAAGAGAAAGUGUGGAAGAGGUUGUGCGCGUGACGGCACGACUCAUGGAGGAUGCGCGCGCGAUGGAGGCGGCGAUUGCCGACGCAGCAGAGGAAAUCGAAACGCUCCGUGCACAACUUGUGGACGCCGAGGAACGACUUGAGGAGGAGCAAGCCAAGUUAGAGGGUCUCUCGGUAGACAUGUUCCAACUCACUGAAGAAGACUUCAAGCGUAAGGAAGCGCUUCGUGAUUUGGAAGAAGAGAGCGACACGCUUCGCGCUCGGCUCGAAGACGCGGAGGCGUCGGCUAUUGAAGAGGCAGACAGCCUGCGAAAAGCAGUACAAGAGAUUGAAACCUUACGCAUGACCAUUGAAAAGUUGGCGGACAUACAAGAGCGGUACGAUACCGGAGAAGCGGCUUUCAACCAACUCUCCGCGGACAUGGUCCAACUUCUCGAGGAGGAUGGUGAACUUAAGGAGCGAAUUCGUGAGCUCGAGAGCGACGUAGACGACAUUCCACGACUUCGAAGCGAGCUUGAAGAAGCAAAUGAGAGAAAUUCAAACGCCACGGCCGAGAUUGAACGCCUCGAAGAGGAAAACCGCGCGCUGCGAGAAGAUGCCAAUGUCGCCUUGGCUCGCCGUGAGGCUGAAAAGGCGAAGGAUCUCCUUUUGAGAGAAAUCCAACGAAGUGACACGCUUCAGCGACAGCUCAGUCAAGCAGCGGAUGCGGCGUCCGAUGACGCUAUGACGCGUGCGAUGAACGAAAAGUUUGAGAAACAACUGGCCGAAGCGGACGCACGCGCGACGAAGCUCGCCGAGGAAUUGCGCGCUGCCAGAGCCGAAGCUGUAGAAAAGGUGGAGGCACUCACCGCCGAACGUGAAACCCUGGCCAGGCGAUUGGACGAUGCGAGCGAAAAGGCCUCGAGAGCAACGAGUGAGUUCGAACGCGAGCUCAUCGCCGCGCGCGAGGAGAUUACACGCAUCUCCGCCCAAUUGAACGCCGCCGAGGAGGAUGCCACUCUGGCUCGGGCGCGUGCGCAGGAAGACUCGGCGGCAGAGGCGCAAGGAAUCGCCGAGCGCGCCGCGCAAGACCUCGCCGAAGCGGAGUCUCGAUUCUCAACACAAUUAGAAGAGCUUGAGGCGCGUUUAUCCGAUGCAUCACAAGCAGCGGCGCAAGCCGAGGCCAAGGCAGAGGCGCUCGCGAAGCGCGCCGCCGAAGCUGAGGCCAAGGCGUCCAAGGUGGGUUCGGAUUCUUCACUUGCCGGUUUUGAGCCCGCUGUGGAGGUUACUGAUGAACCCCAACCCAAGCCUGGCGUAAUGACGACGCCGAACGAGACCGCAACGAUGCAACUCGCGCGUCCAGGGUCUCGAAUUGUCUUUGAUGAUCCGAAAUCGCUCAAGGCGCUGAGCUCGAUGAAGCGAGCCGAUCUCCAAGAGGAAUGCCGCGCCCGCGGACUCAACGAUACCGGCUCCGUCCCUGAGCUCCGAACGCGCCUUCGCGAACCGAGAGACCUGGAGAAGAAGACGGUAAUUCUUCGAAAUCGUUUCGUCUCGAUGAAGCGACCGAGCGGGUACUACCGAACCAUCGAAACGGUCCGAUACGACAACGGUCUGCUCGCCGUCGCCGACGACGUGAUGGCCCGCGCGGGCGUCAUUGACCUCAAAUCUGCCGUAAACAUCGUCGAGAGCGCGUUCGACGGCCAAGGUGUGACCGAAAUCGAGAAGAACACGCUCGAAAUGAUCGCCUCUGGUGGCGCUGGGCGAUACGAGUACGCGCUCGAGGACGACGCCGUGGCGUUCAUGCGCGGAGCCAUCGAUGACAUAACCGUCGUCUCCCGCGGCAAGAAAUAA